UCAGAUUUUAAGAGCAUGACAUUAAACACAACACGUGGCACAUUGAGCAAGAAAAUUUGCUGAAAGUUGAGAAAAACUAGAGAAAAAGUGAAGUUUUUGCAGGAAAUAUCAAGAAUGAUCACAAAAAAAAAGAUGAAAUUAAAAAUCACGGAAAUAAAAAACCAAAAAUCAACAAUUUACUGAUCGAAAUCUACCGUAUUCUAUGCGAAAAUCCAUCAGAUUUCCACUAAUUUCGAGCAUUUCCUGCGACUUUUCAUAACAAAUAUACAAGAAAUCGGUUAAAAUUCCAACUUUAUAGCUAUGUGGCAGGUCGUUGGAGGCGAGAAUCAAUGACUAAAAUAGAGAUACAAGAUCGAUUUUCGGUCUCUGCGGCCAGCCGUCGCUCUCUUGCCAAUUUUUCCGUCGAGCGGGACGAGACCCGAGGCAACGUUUGCGGUGGCGCGCCUUUGGGACACGGAGUCUGCGUCUCUUCGGUGUGCAGUUGAUGUCUCGUUGGGAAAAUGGUGGAAAGUUUGAAAAUUGACGAUUUUAAUGAAGAAAUUGAUGGAAAAAUGGUUUUUUUUUAACAGAAAAUAAGGAAAAAAACCGUAGUCCGUUUUCAAGUAAAUUCGCAAAAAAGUAACAGAAAAUCCUCAAUUUUUACCUGAAAUCCCUCAUUUUGAUGACGUCCACGAUGCCAGCGAAUCAAGUCGGCGAUUAUGAACAUUAUCGGGGGAGAAAUGGCAAAAUGGAAAUGAUUUUUUUUUUAGAAAAAGGUUCAAAAAAUCAAAUUUCAAAUGAUUUUUUUUCAAAAAAAAAACGAAUAAAAAGCCCGUGGUCUUUAUAUUACAAAAAAAAAUCUCUAACACAAAGUUAAGUUGAGUCCAACUCUCCAACCCCGCAAAACGUUUUGUCACUAUUUUUUGGACAAUUUAUCAUGGUUUUUGUUGCCAGACUUAUGCCUAGGGCCUAAGCCUAGGCCUCAGACAAAGUCUAAGUUUUUAUCGUUGAUGCGUUUAGGCAUACGAAAUAUCGCACGUUCUGGCCUUCUUAUGGCCUCGCCCAUUGCGUUUUUCGCGCUCCAUUGACAAUCGCCUGCCGGACAACGCGUGGAGAAGCGCAUGUACUCCACACGGGCAAAUAUUUGUAUUUUCUUUAUUUAAAACACAAUAAACUAGUUUAUAAGCUGUUGAUUUUGCUUGAAAAUUUACGUAUUUAAUCUCAAAAAAUAAUGUUUCGUAUUGAAGGUUGGUAGCAAGCCUUAAUUGGAGAAAACGUCACCAGUUCGCGAGAAAACGAAAGAAAAAUGUGGAGAAGAUACACGGAGAAGGAAGUCGCAGCACAUGCUUAAUGGGUGUGACUUGAAAAACGAGUUGAGUUUCCGUGACCCUGCAAAUCCUGUCCUCUGGCUCACAGUUCUUAGUGACGGCGGUGGAGGCGAGUUCAAGCAUUUUCAACGAUGACAAAUCGGCGGUCAAUAUCCUGAAGUACCUGUCGCGAAUUAUUGACCAAUUGAAGCACGAAAAAACAAAUUGAGCACAUUGAAGGUUGCGGUAGCUGGAAAAAAGUGAAUGUAUCAGUCCGACUAUUUCUCGGAGGCGAUAUGAAAUAUCAGUACAAAAUGGUUGGACAUCAGGGUGCAUGCGGUGCAAAUCGUUCUAUUUAGGAAUUUUUCAGAUUAUGCCCUCCUAAUUUUUUCAAAAAUUUCCCGAAAAUAUAAAUUCUGCUUUCUUUUUAAUUCCAACCAUUCAUUCUCCUUGUUUACCGCACCUCCCCCUCAUUCAUUCCCCUUUGUGGUCCGUAAUUCCUGUGCAAGGUCAUCACCUCCCCCCACCAUUAUUAAAUUGUAUAUUAUAAGUGCCUGUUGUUUAGGGCCCCCUCCCGACUAAGUACGAUAUGAUCUUUAUGCGAAGGACAGGCGGUUUAUUCACCUUUUUCUGUAAAAUUUCUAAAAAUUUAAAUGAAAAACAAAACAUCAUGGGACAACAAUCAUCAAUAAAGAGAAAACUUGUU